AUGGUUCGCAAAGAUCCAAUCUUCGAAGCCCGCACAAAUGUUAAGCUGCACUCCAACAGACUCAAGAAAGAAGCCGUCCGGGCCGAAGCAACCUAUAAAUCGGAGAAAGCCAAAGCCGACAAGGCGAUGAAAAACCGCGAGUUCCAAAUCGCCCGCAUCCACGCCGCCUCCGCCGUCCGCGAAAAGCGACGCCAAGUAACGCUCAAGUCGGAAGCCGCCCGCGCCGACGUAAUCAUCAACGAACUCAAAGCCGCCCAAAGCACGCGCGACACAUCCCGGACGCUGGCGAUGGCAUCGCGGGGCCUGGACGCUGCCUCGCGGAGCGUCAAUCUGGAACACCUCGUCUCACACGCUAACAACUUCCUGGCGCGGUCGGAGGACUUUAAGAUUGCUAGCAGUGCGAUCGAGGACGUUGCGCAGGGUAUCUCGAUGCAGGAAUAUGGCGCGGAGGGCGAGACUGAGGUUGAUCGGCUUAUGGAACAACUGGCGGAUGAUGCGGGUGUUGAUAUGCGGAUGAACUUGGAGGCAGAUGCUGCGCCUAAGGAAGAUGUUAAGGAGCCUAAGCAGGCUGAUGCGGAGGUUGAGGAUGGAUUGGGCGCGAGGUUGCGCGCCUUGAGGGCUGCUAAUUAG